CUGCGGACCUCGAAAAAAAAAACUACGGUAAUUCGCCGUCUUUGUUACCACAAACGGAACAUAGGAGAAUGUGAAAAGGUAAGAGACAACAGAGUACGUACCACUACCUCGAACGGUAAUGAGGAUCGGUGGAAGGAGUGCUGUUCCAGGAGAGAGUGCCGAUGUGAGGAACCACCGGCCUUGGUGGAGGGUCACUCCUGGCAACGCGCCAGUCCUGGCCCCGCCCCUCAUCCGACGGUCACCAUCGCGUUCGGUGUUUGUGAUCGAUCGGCUCUCAGGUGCUCCUCACCUGUGCAUGACUCAUUCCAUCUACGGGAAUUCGAUCCUGCACACUGCCUGGACCCGUCUGGUGCCCUUGAGCACGAAACUCCGGCCACAAAUGUGCUUUUGAAGAUGCACCGGACCAUUUUGCUGAUAUUCUCUCUCGCCCUUCUGGGCACCGUCUCGGCUCAGGGUCAAGUUGUCAUUGACCCCGGUCUGGAGCAAGCCCGGCAGCCGAUUCGAAAUAUCCUCGGAGGUGUCUACUCUAAUAACAUCACACUAUUCUUUCGUAAUUCACCCUAUAGGGUUACAAGUGAUCUUACUGUCGAGCACGGCGCAACACUGACGAUCGAGACAGGUGUACAGAUUUAUUUUGACACCGGCGUUGGAUUGCGAGUUAAGGGCGCUCUUCAGGCCAUCGGAAAUGAAUUUGCUCACAUUCAAAUGCUGCCUUACCAGCAACAACUCAACUAUGACGACUCCUUUCCAAAGUUUCGUCUCAUCGACGGCGAUACCGUUAGAGACGGACGGCUUCAGGUAUUAUUCAGAGAUCGGUGGCGAUCCGUCUGCACCAUGGUCACUAAUUGGACAAGUAUCGACACCACGGUGGCUUGUAAAUCCAUGGGAUACAGUGAUGGCGGCUUCUACAAAUGGCAUCUACGCAACAAUGACACCUACGCAUUCGUGCUACCACGUCCCGAUUGCCAUCCAGGAGCUAGUAGUCUCUGGGAUUGUCCUGGACUGGCCGAUCCGAAUGCCAUUCGUCUGAGUGAAAAUCUUUGCCAAGGAGAAGAUGAUCUUGGUCUCAUCUGUUGGGGUCCACCGAUAUUCCAAGGAUGGGCUCGGCAUUGGAAAGGUGUGCAGAUCUACAAUUCACCCUAUACUUACGUAAGUGCUGAUCCUGACCAAGUAGCCGUGCAAAAGGAAUCGCUGAGUCGUCUCGAAUACAUCGACAUUCUCUACGCCGGCUAUGAUGGGGCAACAAAGAACACGACAUCGGCGCUGUGGAUUGAAGGUGUUUCUCCCCUAAUGAAUGGGCUUCGAAUAGAAAGGAGCGCGCGAGACGGCCUUUAUAUCUAUGAGCCUUCCGGACCAGUACUAAUAGCGAAUUCAACAUUUUCAUGGAACAGAGGGCAUGGGAUCAUUGUGGACAACACCACCGAUGGACGAGUUUUUAUAAAUAUGACCAGAAUUGAAAAUAACUUUGGCGAUGGCAUAUGGUAUCGGCAGAAAACCGGAUCGAAUCUGCUAACGCAUGGAAUCAGAUCCAGGAGAGACCUCGGAGUUUUCGCUGAGGAGAAACCUCGAGCUGACAUUUGCCGUCAGCACUCGCUACCAUCACAGUACUUCUUUCCACAUCUACUUAUGGCUCGUCUAGAUAAUGGAACACUUUACGAUCCUACCAGUCCCCCCUCUUGUUGGAUAGCAAUUUCGUUACCACCACGCCUCGCCUACACGUUCUCGCUGCAGUUCGUGAAUGUUCGCAAUUUUAAUCCUCCUGGAACUUCUACAACAAAUCUCGUUGUGUGUGAUGCGACACAAGAACGCAAUGCGUGUGCUCUCGAGCGUCUACGUAUUCCUAUUCUGGAUGGGAUCUACCCACAGACGAUAAGUUUGAGAAGUGGCGCAACUCCUCUGUUUCUGGCGUUGGAAUACCAGCAAGAAGGAAACGUCGCUGGAUACAUCAUCGGUGACGUUGAGGUGCUUUUCAAGGUUCACGCUAGUGUUACUGACAAAGCUUUCUAUGGCCUAAACGUUACCAAUUCAAUUAUUAAUGGAAACACUGGAAAUGGUAUAUUUGGCCAUGAUAUCCGCGAAAGAACUGCGCUCUCAAAUGUGACCCUGAAUUCCAAUCAAGGAUUGGCCGGAUUCCUUAUUAAGGACGGAGCUGCCGAUAUUUGGCUGAACGACACGAGAAUCCAGGAGAACUGGGGCGAUGGCGUGAACAUCAGCUAUGCGGGAGGUGCGAUCACUAUCAACGGCACCCGAUUGGAAAGAAAUCGUUGGAGAGGAGCUGCUUUUCAUUACAACGACUCAUCCCCUUUCCUGGCUCUUCAUCAAGAGAUUGUCUUCAAAGGAAGACCAUCGAACAACAUCUUUUACCUACCGACCAUUGUUGCUGGCAACAAAUGGGGCGGUGUUCUUGUGGGGAACUUCUGCCUUCCAGCUUAUCGCAAUAUCGAGCCAAAGGUGUUGAUCAAUUGGGUUGAGUUUCUCAGCAACUCCUAUCACCCCGCUUUGGAGAUUCACUGCUGCCAAGGGUAUGGUCAUGCACGAACAGUUGUUGACAUUACUGGAAAUCGGAUCGAAGGAAAUGGUGGGAUGGGAUUCCGGAUGGCUCCGUCAGUGAACGUACUUGCCUACAUCAAUAGUAAUCAGUUCCUGAACAACAAUGACACAGCCCUGUUCAUCAAAAACGCCAACCAUCCACAGCUAUGGCCACUCAGAGCAAAUGUGACGAUUUCGAAGAAUGCUUUCAAGUUCAAUCGAGGAAAGUACAUUAUUUCCAUUGGGCUGAACGAGGACUCUCCUGUACAACAACUGAUCUUCAACCAACAGAACGAAAUCCGUGAGAAUGUUGUUAUCAACCCGUUCCCAGAACUCCAACCACGUUCCACUCCCUACGCAGCCAUGGUCGUUUCCAGCAGUAAUGUGAUUAUCCGUCGAAACUGCUUCAAAAACCCCCAAGCUGUCUACGAGAUUGGCGCUGAGCUUGGCGAACACGCCAAGAGGAUUGACGCUCGGGAAAACAACUGGGGAUCGCCGUCACCGUCACAGUUCAUGAACAAAAUCUUCGACCAGUUCAACCGUUACUCGCUGGCAGAAAUAGUUGUUGGACCGUACGCUGCUGUUUGCAAUCAAAGAAAUCCCCACAUCACCGCUCUGCAGGAGUUUUUUCGCGAGUUUCGCAAGGAAUCUCAGCCUUUUGUUCUUGGUGGAACCAUUUACGAGAAUCACGACUUGGUACCUGGCAGGUACACUGUAGUCGAUGAUUUGCAUGUGGUUCCCGGAGCAAAAUUGACCAUAGCACCUGGCUCCACUCUCGAAUUCUACGACGGCGUUGGAAUGCUCGUCCAGGGUGAAUUAUCAAGAACGGAGUUCUUCGGUCCCGAAAAGCAAGUAGUUUUCACGAGCAAACCGUUCACACUUGCCAAGAAUAAGAAUAUUCGAUUGGUCGACGACGAUGGAAAUGAUGAAGUGACAGAGGGACGACUAGAGGCCUUUGUUGAUGGCGUGUGGGGUACAGUGUGCAAUCGAACCUGGUCAGCGCAAUUGGCGCAGCUUUCCUGCAACCAGCUCGGCUUGAUAACCGAUCCGGAAUUCUUCGAAAACUGGAGGAUAUUUCGUUCUCAAGGAGAUCUGCCAAUGAUCAUGGAUAACAUUCGUUGCGAGGAAAAUGAGGUGGAUUUGACCCGAUGUCGCCAUGAUGGUGUCGACCACAACGUAGCCGCGGGUUGUCGUCCCACUGAAGUAGUCGCUAUACGAUGCGCUGAACCUCGCUGGGCUGGCGUGCGCUACUCUCUGCUUGCAAAUCCGCCAACCUUUACCGGGCAGACCACCAUGAGCAACUGGAUUAUUGAAAAGGCUGGUUUGUUCGAUUUCCGAGUGCCAGUGUUCUCCCCUGCUCUUCAAAUCGACUGGAACUACCACGUUUUCCACGAUCUCCACAUCAGAAAUAACUUCUGGAAUGGCAUCGAUAUCGUCUACAAUGAUCUCAUAAAAAAACCUGCUAUCCGAAAAAGCAUAGUGACGAACAACCGUCGUAAUGGAAUGCAUUUGAGAUCGGUCGGAAUUACAUUAGAGGAAAUGACCCUUACUCGUGCGGGACAGGCAGGAUUGCGGUACAACCCGCAGAUUUCAUCUUCACUGCAGAAUGACAUCGUCUCGUGGCUUGAUAUGAGGGAACAACCCGAACUUGAAGCGAACAACGUCUACAUCAUACCGAACGAGGCUUAUAGGACUAUACAGGUUAUUGAGAGCCAUCUUAAUCAAAGAAAAUUCCUAGUGGCCAAAGAAACACCGGAAUGUCCAGCUGUUCCACUAGAACGAUGUGUAUUUGAGAUGAAGUUGCAAGCCAGUGGCUUCGGCUAUGGUCUUCCAGCAAGAAUGGCAAUACAAAUUGUCAACCCGGUGUCAAACAUCUCGGAUGAGGACGCAGUGUUCUAUGACGAAGGGAGCGCGAAAUCGUUCAGCGUCAGAAGCAACUCUAUUCAGUUCCCCGUUGUGUUCAAUUCUAACCGAGUUACCAUGCAGUAUACACGAUCUUACGGUACCCCGAAGCUCAUCAUUCUUGUGCUUUUUCUUGAUGCUCAAGAAUACCUCGACCGGUUUGUUCAUCUCUACAAUUCCGUUGUCGAAGACAACCAGUACGGCAUUUCAUCAGUUCACUAUAGUAACCUUUCGUAUGCUGAUGGAACCAUAACGAAUCGAUGGAGCAAUGAGAAACUGUGGUUUCAGAAGGUUAAUUUCACGCGGAAUUCCGAUGCUGUCAUUUGGAUUCAUUCACCGCAACACGAAGUUCUACCAAACACUCCCAUCUCAGAGAUCUACUAUCAUCUGGACAACUGUUCCAUAGCCGAUAACCAUGGGCCAGUAAUCGAGACCCACCGGGACUUAUUUGCCUCGGCAAACAUUUUCCACUGGAAUAUUUGGUCGAACACUUUCGUGAACAAUACCAACAGCGGUGUGGCAGUGCGCCUUCCAGACACCUACGACCUUCUUGCCAAACCUGAACACAGCUUUUGGAUGACUGAGAAUCGUUUCGAAAACAAUGACAACCUUUACGUAUUGCUGGAUGGAUUUUAUGCUUUUGCCAAUAUCUCGUCGAAUAAUUUCACCGACAACUACUCAGAUAAAGGUCUAAUGGAGUUGAGAGGAAUGGAGAAGAAACUCGUCAUGGAGCGUAAUCGUUUUCUCACUAACAAGGCGCAAUGGUUGGUGAGAAUUGAGAUCACCUCUCAAUCUAUUCGUAAUCUACUUGUCGAUGCCUAUAUCCAAUACAAUUAUUUUCUUCACAACCAUUUCAUAAAGGCGAACGAAGACUAUGUGGAUUCAUGGCCGCGAUCUUUCGCAGUAGGAGUGUUUGGUACGCAGAAAGUUGAUAUCCACUUCAAUCAGCUCAGAAAUCCUUUACUUGAUUUCGAGGUUGUCUCAGGAUGCAAGUACAUAUCGAUCUAUGACCGAAUGAACGUAUCGUACAACUGGUGGGGUACAGGCAACGAUGCUGAGGUCGCCCAACGAGUGUUCGAUUUUGAUGAUUGGAACACCUUCACCCUGGCAGACUAUAGCCCCUUCUAUGUCACAAACGAGUUGUUCAUAAAUUUUUGGUGGAAACCAAGAAAGGCAAGCGGACAGCUGGCUAACGCCACGUACAGCGAGCCAUCGGCACAAGAUCUCAAAGGCAGGAUGUUUGAAUCGAAGAAUCUCACUCUAAUCAGAGAGCGCUGGCCAGUGUUCCCGAAUUACUACAAACCUUUCCGUCCGUAUCGGAUUACUCGUGACCUCACAAUCAUGCCCGGGGCGACAUUAUGGAUCGAAAGAGGCGUUGAGGUUCAUAUUUGGCCGAAUGUUCGAAUCCUUGUGCUAGGAGAUCUGAUCGCUGAUGCCACGUAUUGGGAACCGAUAAGGUUCAAGCCGAUCAAUACAACAGAGUUUGACGAGAUGCGAGGGAGAAUCGGUACAAGGUACAAACGCAGUACAAUAUACCUCAGACGUCGUAAACGCAGUGACGUUGGGCAGAGAAUUCAAAGAUGGCAACGAAGGCGAAGAGCCAAUCGAGCCCGACCGGACGAUGUCUACACUCAGUUCCCAUUGCUUUAUCGUGACGACCCGUACUACCAGCGGUUCACGGUCUCCUUAAGCGACAACAGUACUGUUCGUGGUCGAGCGGGAUUCCUUCAGAUCUACAACGCUACCACAGGAGAGACCAUUGCUUCAUGCGACAGACAGUUCACCGUUCGGAAUGCUCAAGUAGUCUGCCGAGAACUGGGGCUCGAAACAAUGAAUGCUUAUCACUGGCUAACUCCUCGAUGGGAUUACAACCCCCAGAUUCGACUCGUAAAGACGUACGUCGAGCCUCGAGAAUGCCGAGGAAGCGAACCUAGUCUCGACAGAUGUCAACUUCGUCUCACAGGAAACGAUUCGCAGUGGCAGUGUAUGGACAAUGAACAUUUCAACUACGUCUACUGUGGCCCGAAUACGACCUUAGAUCAAAUCUACAUUGGCAACUGGGGUGGCCUCAGCUUUGCACGAGCAUCACUUGAACUGGACCAACUCCCCGUGAAAGAUGCAUCAAUACUUCGUAACGUGGAAAUCGUUGGUGGCGGUUCUGGUCACAAUGACAGUUUCCAGUCAGCUGGACUACAGCUGUUCUAUCGUUCGCCAUUGGUAGACCACGUGAAUGUGACCAACAGCAGUAUGCAUGCAAUUCAGGUACUGUCUCCUCGGGAAAAGGUGAUUCUAAAUAUGGUAAACGUAACGAACAAUGGUGGUCUGGGUAUAAGCAUCACUACGGCUACCGUCCAAGGCGGCAACACGAAUGCAGAUACUCCAUUUCAACCAUUGACCAUACCUUAUUACUCCCAAGGAAUGGUCGAUAUCUGUGCAGCUGAGAAGAUGAUGGAGAUCAGCAAUCGAGUCCUGCUUUCCUUCCAAUCACGCUUUUGGCUGAAUACAGGUCGGUCGAUUUCAUAUUCCCUUCAAUUUACCAUAUUACCAGUCUCAUCACCGUCUCUCAUAAAUCCAUCCGAAGGAUUCCAAUAUUCUCGCGUCUGA